CACCCACCCACGCGCGCCCCCAUACAUACCUCUCAUCAUCACUCGCGAACUCUCGCCUCGCUCUCGCCCCCACUUCCUCCGCCGCCAUGGCCACCGCCGCCGCCGCGCUCCUCCGCCUCUCCCGCUCCCGCCGCCCGCUCCUCCCCCUCUCCUCCCUCCGCCUCCCGCCUCCCGCCCCGUACCACCACCACUCCCACUCCCAAACCCCACCCUCCUCCUCCUCCUCCCACGCCCGCCUCCCCGCCUUCCUCUCCUUCCUCGCCGCCGCCGCCGCCGCCGGAGGAACGACCGUCGCCCUCUGCGACUCCGGCAUCGACCACCGGGUCGGGGGCAAGGAGAGCACCGAGCUGGUGGUGCGCGGGGAGCGGAAGCGCGUGCCCAACGAGUUCAUCGACGAGCUCGCUUCCUUCCUCGGGGAGAACCUGACGGUGGACUACGAGGAGAGGCACUACCAUGGCACGCCGCAGAACAGCUUCCACAAGGCAGUCAAUGUGCCCGAUGUCGUCGUCUUCCCGAGGUCCCAGGAUGAGGUACAGAAGAUUGUGAUGGCUUGUAACAAGUACAAGGUGCCAAUUGUACCAUAUGGUGGGGCUACAUCAAUUGAGGGUCACACGUUGGCACCUCAUGGUGGUGUUUGCAUUAACAUGUCUUUGAUGAAGAAAAUCAAAUCCCUGCAUGUUGAGGAUAUGGAUGUAGUUGUUGAACCAGGAGUUGGAUGGAUUGAGCUGAAUGAGUACCUGAAACCAUAUGGCCUCUUUUUCCCUCUUGACCCAGGGCCUGGGGCCACUAUUGGAGGAAUGUGUGCUACUCGCUGUUCUGGUUCACUAGCUGUGAGGUACGGAACAAUGCGGGACAAUGUGAUUAACCUCCAGGCUGUUCUACCUAAUGGUGAUGUUGUCAAGACGGGUUCUCGAGCCCGAAAGAGUGCAGCUGGAUACGAUCUUGCUCGUUUGAUCAUUGGAAGUGAAGGAACUUUAGGGGUAAUUACAGAAGUGACUGUACGUCUUCAAAAGCUUCCAUCUCAUUCCGUGGUUGCAAUGUGCAAUUUUCAAACAAUUAAGGAUGCUGCUGAUGUUGCUAUUGCAACAAUGCUUUCUGGUAUACAGGUCUCAAGAGUGGAAUUGUUGGAUGAGGUUCAGAUAAGGGCAAUUAACAUGGCAAAUGGUAAAAACUUACCUGAAGUACCAACCUUGAUGUUCGAAUUCAUAGGGACAGAAGCCUAUGCUCUUGAACAAACACUAUUGGUUCAAAAGAUUGCCACAGAACACCAUGGAUCUGAUUUUGUUUUUGUAGAAGAGCUGGAUGCUAAAGAGGAGUUAUGGAAGAUUAGGAAGGAAGCACUUUGGGCCGGUUUUGCCAUGAAACCUGAUCAUGAGGCUAUGAUAACGGAUGUUUGUGUUCCUUUGUCUAGACUUGCAGAAUGCAUAUCUGUCUCAAAGGAAAAGCUUGAUGCAUCACCAUUGACUUGUUUGGUUAUCGCUCAUGCUGGUGAUGGAAACUUCCACACAAUAAUCCUAUUUGACCCUAGUCAAGAAGACCAACGACGUGAAGCGGAGAGGCUAAACCAUUUCAUGGUUCAUACUGCUCUCUCUAUGGAAGGUACCUGUACAGGAGAGCAUGGUGUAGGUACAGGGAAAAUGAAGUACCUAGAGAAAGAGCUGGGCAUCGAGUCGCUAAGGACGAUGAAAAGAAUAAAGGCUGCGUUGGAUCCCAACAAUAUCAUGAAUCCAGGGAAACUGAUUCCACCUCAAGUCUGCAUUUGAUGAUACAGACGUUCCCAAGUUGCUGGCUGACUCACUGGCUGGUUCAGUGACUUCCACUCAACUCCCAGUCCAGCAAGGCAAGUCGUGGCGUUACCACUGAAUGCGCAUUGAACGGCGAAGACUCAGGACUGUUAUACACGAGUUGAAUGCAAAAAUAAACGUGAACGCUAGAACUGUUACUCUGAGCCAUUCAUAUACCGGGAAUAAAUGAGCAAAACUUCGUUCCAGUUGCUAUAUGAAAUAUGAGUGAUUCUAUGAUAGGCUUGGUGAUAGAAAAUUCUAAGCUAUUUCAAAUAUUUGGAGCUAAACAACGUAGUAGUAGAUGUUUGGUGAAUUGAAGAUUUGCCACGUUAGAGCUGAUAAUAUGAUUUGUCACUCAUGUGUCUAUGAUAUACUAGACCAGUGAGUGUUGCGUGAGUUACUUGGAGUAGGGUAAAAAAUGUUAUGGAUUUUUCUGUCCGGCUAUCGUUUUCCUUUUAUACCCACCUUUUGUUUUGUUUUCGAAUUGUCUGGAAAUGGAAUCGAAUGGUAGGGGAUCUUUAUUGA